AUGGGAAUAAGACAGUUGUUUAAAGAGAAAAAAGACAAAAACAGUUUAAGAAAGUUUAAAUGGCCCCGAAAAAGGGAAAAGCCAUUUAGGAAAGAGGGAAAAGGUAAAAAGGGUUUAAAAACAGAGCUGGUUGAUGAAAAUAACAAUAAUCUGGAGGAUAAUGGAAACAGGUCUGAUGCUAAUGAAGAGGAAAUAGUAGUUGAUGACAUACAGGAUGAACCUGUUGAAGAAAGAGCACAAGACGAAAAUGAGACAACACCAGUUGGAAGCGAAGUAGAUGCUGAGGAGACGCAUUCCAAAUGUAUUAUUCCUCCAGUUAAAAAGAAGAAAGUCUCUAAAGUCAACAAAAAUCCAAAACUUGAGCCAAAGCAACUUCCAUUUGAAAAAGCCAAAGAAGUGUCCAUGGUAGAAAAAGUUAUACAGAUAAAGAAACAGAAACUUGACAGCCACAAAUUACCUGCUAAGAAGAGAAAGCUUUAUGAUGGAGUAAAGAAACAUGGAGCAGAUAAUGCUGGGAAAAAAGCUUUACAAGAGGCAGGAAAGAAAAAGAAACCUGAGAAAAAGAUAAGCAAGAAGCAAAAGAUGCAAGAGAGAGAACUUGAAAUCAAUGGCACAUGGGUUCAGUGUUGUAACAGUACCUGUAUGAAGUGGAGAUACUUGUCAGAUGUCAGUGACCCAACAAUCGUUCCUGAAAGAUGGACCUGUAGUAUGAACACUAAUAAGAACUACAAUAGUUGUGAAAAGGCUGAGGAGAAUUAUGAUGAGAGUGAACAUAUCUACACAAAAUUUGCUGAAGGUUCUGUGGUGUGGGCUAGAAUGACUGGCUAUCCAUGGUGGCCUGCAAUGGUAGAGAUAGAUCCAGAUACAGAAACUUUCUUCAGUAUAGACUCGGAUGACUCUAUGAUCCCAACCCAUUAUCAUGUUGUUUUCUUUGAUGAGCAUGUAUCAAGAACAUGGGUGAAAGCAGACUAUCUGAAAAUGUUCACAGGCAAUGAAGAUGAUGAUGGUAUAGUCUAUCAGAUAUCAAAAAAGGGACAGUCCUACAAGAAGGAAAUAGGUGUUGCAAAGAAAAAUGCCAUGAGAGCUAGAAGCUGCACAGUUCAGGAGAGAAUUGAACUGUUUGGAUUUGCCUCAAGGUACAAAGGUCCAUGGAGCUCAAAAUCAAAAGGCAACAAAGUUGAAAAGCGCAAGAGUUCAAAGACGGUAUCUGGACAAGAAUCCAAAGUUGAACAGGUAAAUUUUCUCGACGAGGAUACAAUGGACGAUGUUCUAGAGCAUACAGACGCACUGCUGGACAAUGUCGAAGAAAUGCUUGAAUCAAUAAACAGUCAGUUGGAUGACUCUGAUGCCGAUUCUGACUUUAUGCCUGAAGAAUUAAUUGUUGUGGAAACAAAGAAGAAAAGAGGCAAAAAAUCAACAGUCAGUAGUGAGAAGUCUUCCAAGAAAAAGGUGAAUUUUAUGGAAGCAGAUAUAGAGGCUGACAUGGGAACUGAUACAAAUGGUAUAGAAUGUGAUAAAGAUGUCAGUAAAACAGAAAGAAACUCUGAAAUCAAGGCAGAUAAAAGUGAAACUUUAUCAAAAACUGUUGAUAUAAGUUUAAAACUUGACAGUGAUAUUUUUACAAUGGAAAUGUAUACCCAAAAUGAUGAUAUCACAAAGACUGUUGGAGAUAAAGUAGAAGAAAUAACCAAUGAGACAAAAGAUAACAAGACUAAUGAAAGAGUUCAAGAGUCAGUUCCAAAGGUUAAGGGGAAAUCCACAAAGAGGAAGAAAGCAGAAAACUCAGAUUGUAAUCAAGAGAGAAUGAAAGCAAAGAAGCAGAAAGAGAAUAAAAGUGAAUUGGUUGCACUACUUACAGAGACCGACAGUGAAGAGAAAUUAAAAAACGGGAAUAACUCUUCUAAACAAAAUGAGAAUUUAGAAGAAGUAACUGAUACAGAAAAAACUAAACUAUCUAAUGACAGUACAGAAAAGAACUUGAGUAACAAAAGUGAUAAAAUUGAGCAGGAUAAAACAGAACUUGGUACAGGUCCUGAUGAUAUCAAAAGUAAUACUGACUCAUAUGUCAAGAAUGAAGUAACAGAAAAAGUUUAUCAGAAAGAACAAAAUUCCAAUCCUGAAGAAAACAUGAUCGUAAGAAAUGGUGGAAAAACACAGGGUAAUACAGUUGAUAGGUCACCAAUCAUUAGAGAACCUGGUAAUGAGAAAGAGGUACAGAACAUUGUUGGACUAGAUGAUGAAAUUGAUCUCAAUGACAUUGAAAGUGAUGCUGUGCCUGAUAUGGACAGAGAAGAAAUAAAUGCUGGCAGUACUAGAAGUACAGAACAAAAUUUAGAUAAUGAGUCAGAUAGUGAGUUUGAUCUAGAGGAGCAUUAUAUGUAUGACACAGUAACAGACGGCUCUGAUAAAGUGAGGGAAAGAGCUGUUGUGAAUGUUCCAGCACAUGUGGCAGAAGUUGAUGAGGACAGUGACCCCUUUGAUCUUAUGGAAGAAUAAAGUUAUGAUUGUUUAAAUUGCUCAAACAUUAUUAAUCAUUUCCAAAUGAAAGAACAGAAACAACUAGAAUUUAAAAUAAGAAAAAAAAUCAUAAUUGGUCAAUAGCUCUAGAAUGAAAUUGAUACUUAUUGUUGAUAUAUGUUAUCUAUUUUAUAUAAUCAGUUAAUUGCUCCCUUUGUAGAGUCCCUAGUAUGGUUAAAAAAUUCUUAACUACAAGUUUGUACAUGUACACAUUCAUUUUAAGGAAUAACUACUAGUGCAAUUUGGGAAUGAUCCACACUUUAUAGGAAUGCUCAAUACCUGUCUAGCUAUGUGUAUCAUUGGCAAUUUCCAAUUCAAUGACUUUUUUGUCAAUUUGCCCUUGAGCAUAUGGCCUCUUUUGCCUAUUGGCCUCUUAAUGAUUUUCGGUUGACUUCUACAAAGUAGAUGCAACAUGUUAAAAAGUAUCCAUAACACAUAGGGAACAAUCUUAAUACAACUGCUUAAUUGGCUAGAUCAUCAUGCAAAACAUGUCAUCACUGAUCACUCUUGUACUGUGAUAGCUUUUAAUGCUGUUGUUGUUUUUGUGGGUGUUUUUUGUGUGAUUAUUGUUGCCAUGUUUAUUUGUUUCAAUUGUGAUAAAAGUUUUUAUUCAGGAUUGACUAUUUGUUAUCUGAUAAUUUUACAUCGUGUGUUUAUUUCAAUAAUAUAUAACUGUUAAUUUUACUACAUUUGUGUAUUUUGCUUGUUACAUGUUUAAAAAGAAUGCUAUGUAAAGUUACUUUAAUGAUAAAAUGUUUUGGUUCAAUUUUGCAUUAUAUAUUAAUUAUUUUGGUUAUUGUAUUUGUAAAUACCUGUAACUUUGUUUGUAAAUACCUGUGUUUUAAAAUGGUUGUGAUAUUGGACCUUGGUCAUUAUCGUCAGUUAUUUUGGAGUAUUGGACCAUUUCUCAAAAUGGAGCCUAAUGUCAUAAAACAACUCAUGAUUUGCUUAUGUAUCAGAUCUUAAGACAUAAAAUUGUAGCUCAGUUGUGGCUUUCUGAACAUAUAAAAAUGAAAACAAAAUAUAUUAUGUAUUAUAUAAUGUAUGAGUUUUUUUAUAUUGAAAACUACCUUAAAGAUACACUAUGCUCAAAUUUGAUAUUAGAAAAUAUUGAUAAUUGCUACACAGUAGCUUUGUAAAUAUAAAAUAAACACGUAUUGACUUCACACAAAGUAGAUAUGUUGUGCUUAAAACUCUACAUAUUACUAUAUCUUUAAUUAUUUUUGUAGUCUGAUAUAAACAUUAUUCAAUUGAUUGACCUGAGCCUUUUUAAUGUGUACUGAAUUGUAUGAUGAUCUACGAAGGUCUAGUUAACUUUUGAUUCACAUAUAUUUAUAAUUAAUGUUUAAUGUAUUUACUGUAUACACUACCAUUCAUCAAAGUCUGUGAUAAAGUUACACGAUAUAUUUAUACUUGUUACUGUUUUUGAAAUCUAGUCAAAUGUUGCUUUGCUGCUGUUGUUUUUUUUAUAUUAUUUUUAGCUGUAAGUUUGUUUUAACUGAUUAAAUAGGUUGUUAUAUGUAUUACGAUUAAAAGUUUAGCAUUAAUAAAUAACGUGAAGUUU